CGCGUUGCGAUUCUUCGUAGUUCGCCCGGGCGGGCGCGGCGGCGGCGGCGGUGACGGCGGUGACGGCGGCAGCGGCGGUGGCGGCAGCGCGGGCCGGGAUGCGGCGCUACCUGCGGGUCGUAGGGCUGUGCCUGGCCUGCGGCUUCUGCUCGCUGCUGUACGCCUUCAGCCAGCUCGCGGUGUCCUUGGAGGAAGGAGCUGCCGGGGGCCGCAGGCCGCAGGCCGCGGUAGUUUCCUGGCUGGCGGACGGUGGACGCGGCACGGGGAGAGGCGCGGGCAGCGCGGGCCCGGGCCGGACGGGCAGGUGUAAAGAGUUCUCUCUGAGUUACUGGAAUCCCUAUUGGAUGCUGCCCUCUGAUGUUUGUGGAAUGAACUGCUUUUGGGAAGCGGCUUUUAGGUAUGAUAUGAAAACAAGGCCCGAUGAGAAAAUGCACCUUGCUGUUGUUGCCUGUGGUGAGAGACUGGAAGAAACUGUGACUAUGUUGAAGUCAGCUCUGAUUUUCAGCAUCAAGCCACUGCACGUCCACAUCUUUGCUGAAGACCAACUGCACGAUAGCUUUAAAGACAGACUUGCCAGCUGGUCCUUCCUGCGGAGAUUUGACUACAGCCUGUACCCUAUCACCUUCCCAGGUGACAGCGCCGCGGACUGGAAGAAGCUCUUUAAGCCCUGUGCGUCCCAGAGGCUGUUCUUGCCAUUAAUACUGAAAGAAGUUGACUCACUGUUGUAUGUGGACACUGAUAUCCUUUUUUUACGACCUGUUGAUGAUAUUUGGUCAUUACUAAAGAAAUUUAAUUCCACACAAAUUGCUGCGAUGGCACCAGAACACGAGGAGCCCAGAAUUGGAUGGUAUAAUCGCUUUGCCCGGCACCCGUACUAUGGGAGGACGGGCGUGAACUCUGGAGUGAUGCUGAUGAACAUGACCCGGAUGAGGAGGAAGUACUUCAAGAAUGAUAUGACAACUGCGCGGCUACAAUGGGGGGACAUACUUAUGCCACUGCUUAAAAAGUACAAACUGAACAUCACGUGGGGCGAUCAGGAUCUGUUAAAUAUCGUGUUUUCCCACAAUCCAGAAAGCCUCUUUGUUUUUCCAUGUCAAUGGAAUUACCGACCAGAUCACUGUAUAUAUGGGAGCAACUGCCGAGAAGCAGAAGAAGAAGGAGUCUUCAUUCUUCAUGGAAACAGAGGUGUUUACCAUGACGACAAGCAGCCAGCAUUCAGAGCUGUGUAUGAAGCACUAAGAAAUUGCUCUCUUGAGGAUGAUUCCGUCCGUUCCUUACUAAAACCUUUAGAGCUGGAGCUGCAGAAGACAGUUCACACAUACUGUGGAAAAACGUACAAAAUAUUUAUCAAGCAGUUGACAAAAAGCAUAAGAAACCGUUAUGACACGCCACCGAAGGAAAGGUGAUUCUUCAUGACCGAAGGAAAUGGAUGAGACAAGCAACGCCUCAGGAGAUGUGAAGGAAUAGACUGGAAAAGGAUUUAGGGAGGCAUUUCUGUCUCCACAAUAAUUCUCUUUGGAAGAAUUAAAGAGCAGUAUAUUCAUGUCAUGAAGAGUAAGUUGAACUCUUGUGCUCCAGGGAGAAGACAGUCGGAUCUCUGGUAUUUUGUAACGUUACUUGGUGUCAUUCCAGCAGUAGUGAAAGCAUUGGACAGUGUGGGCUGUGAGCUGGGUUGGCUCGUAAUCAAGUAAGGAAGGCCUGGGAGGGUGGAUGGAGACAAUGUACCUCGACGUGGUGGAGACUCAAGCUGUGAGUUUAGCAAUAACUAUGUCAGCACUAACCUCACUUUACAGUGGGAGAAAACGUUUACAGGAGCAGAAAGGUUCUGUUUCUUAAGAAAUGUGAUGUAACCAAUGUAACCAUUGACAAUCUAUGUACCCGCAUACAUUUCAUCUCUGCUCUACGAUAUUUGGUGACAAUCAUGUUUGAGAUUAUUUGUAGAUUUUAAGUAAGCUGCACAUUUAAAAAUUACCUGUAUGAGAAAGGAGGAAAUAGUGAAAACUUAAAGGAGGCAUUGUGUGUGUGUAUGUGUGUGUGUGUGUGUGUGUGUGUGUGUGUAUGAGUGUGUGUGUGUGUGAGAGUGAGUGCGUGCGUGUGUGUGUGUGUGUGUGUGUUGACAAAUGAAGUGUGUUCAUUUUGUAUGUAUUAAAUUGUCUUGCCAAACCUAAGCUCUAAGAUAUUUGGGGACAUUUUAAAAAAUCACUUUAAGUGAGAAAUUUCAGCUUUACUGGGCAUUCUGGAAGCAAAAUAUAUUAUGCUGAGAAUAAAGUAAGAAUCUAAUCGCAACACUAAAAGGACUGUGGAAAAUGCAACGGACCAAAUACAUAAGCCUGUGAGGUUAACAGUGGUCCAUUCAGACUUCCCUUCUACCUCAAGUGCAUUUCCAGGAUCCUUUUGAAGAGAAAAUUCAGAGCCUUACUUUAGAUUAGACAGAUGUGGUGGCUGGUUUGGAGGGAGAAGAUUUUUAUAUCUAGCUGUAGAAAAAGUUUUGAUUUGGGUAAAUGUGCAUUUCUUAUUUUGAACACCAUUGAAGACAAUUGCCUUGUUAAACUCUGGAAGAGUGCUCCUUGCUCGUGUUGCCUUGACACCUCACGGACUCUGAGCGGGCAGCAUGUGCUGUCCUGGGGCACGUGAUCUCACGUACUGGGGCUCAUGUUUCUUCCUACCAGGUGCUCCUGAGUCCUGGUCUGUCUUCUUUUUCUCUCGGAUUUUUAAACCGUACAUGAAGAAAGGGAAGUUAUGAAGGAACAGUAUCGGUUGUGAUGGUCCUGUAUCCUCUGGGAAUAUUCGGAAGACGGGAUCAGUACAGUUGUUCCAGCUUCUGUAGUUCACCAGAGACAGACUGAGAAGGUCUAAAAUACCAUCAAAAGGAUCUGCGCCCAGGGGAGGAAUUGUUAACUAGCUCAGUACUCAGACAGGUUGAGGGAGCAGCAGCCAGGGUUCCUUGGCAGAACGCCAUCGUAAAGGCAGCCCCUGUGGACGGUGUGCAGUGUAGCUCGUUAGGGGGGACCGUGAGGGGGAACCUUAUCCGUUGGCUGACGUGAUAUGAGAGAACUUGCCAAAGUCAGCUGUCCUGCAUCUCCUACACCUAGGAAGGAGUCUUUAAGACAAUUUUUAAAUGAAGAGAUUAAAAACUUACAUCAAAGUAGAGUAGGGCUAUACCUCAAUAUUCAGAGUGCUUGCUUUAUGUGGUCAGGGCCCGGCAGUACAGAAAAUAAUGGAAGAUGAGAAGAGGUAAGAGCCUCGUGCAGCGGCUCUCACUGGUCAGUCUGUCACCCGUCAGGGUCUUGCUACAUUUACUUCAUUUAUUCCUUUCUUAUGUUAAAGUCUCCGGCAGGCAUCGUUCUGUGUCCCUGCAGUGAGUGCUUUGGUACUUACAAGUGACUAGAGCAACUAUAUCAUCCCCAGCAAGAGCAGCAGCUGGCCUUUGGUUCCAGCUCCUCCCCAGUCCUUAACCCAUUUCCCUGCGUGUCUUAGCUACGCAUGGGACAUGGUGAUUCUGCUUUAAAUGAGUUCCUCAGAAGGAUCCGAUAUCAGCUAGUUUAGGAAGCAUGGAAAUUAUUACGCUAUCUUUAAGGUGGAAGUUAGGAUGUCACAGUUAUUGGCACAAUUGCUAAAUUGUAAGUGCUGUUUUGGAUAGAGGAAGCAGUGGGGUUUUUGACAGAGGGAUUCAUAUGAGUAAGUCCCUUCAGAUGCCAUUUUCUCAGUAGCUGAAGACUCAGCCCCACGUGUUCCACUGUGAUUGACUGAGGCUGUUUAAAGAAAGGAUUUGAAAAUGCACCAAACUUCAUUUGUAUGAAAAGAGUUUGGAAAAACUCUAGAAAGUGUUUUAAGAAAAUGCAGUUUUCCUUCAUGAAGACGUGCUCAUGACCUACGCCACGCCUGUCAGUGUAAUGAGGAGAACAGAUGGGGACUGGCAUGGACUCCCCUCUUUGUGGGCUUGGGAGGUGUGCUGACUGCAGUGCCAAAGAGGUGAGGCCUGGAAGGGGUGACUGGAGGAACGCGUGGAGCUCCUCAGCCAUGCCAGUGUUGAUGGAGCCCGGUUUUACCGCACACGGGCUCCCCCGAGGCUGGGAGCAUUCUGGUUUCUCCGGUGUAGAUUUGUUGAUGGUAUGUGGGAGGAACAGAUGCCAAGGAAGAGGAAGUAGAGAAGAAAAGGAAGAUGGAAAUGAGUAGUCAAGGAAGAGGGAAAGAGAGAGAGGGUUAAGAGAAUGGCGGAAGGCAGAGUGAGAGGAAGAUGGAAGGAUAGUGGGGAGACAGGUGCACGUGGAGGAAACUGCGGAAACAUGGGGUCCCCUGCCUAGGUCAGUGCUCGCUGUGCACUGCCAGAACCAGCCUUGUAUGAGCCAUCGAUGCUAGGCAUGUUUCUUGGUCACCUUGUUCACUGGUCCUUUAGUGGUAGUUGUCUUUUUUUUUUCUUUCCCUGUGGAAACACAUAUUUUCCAUUUUAAUGUCCUUUAGAGGAGGUCUGUGAAGGGAACUGCAUUGAAAUGUCUAAAUCGCCCACUGGUUUUCCCUAGCAUGAUAAUGAGAGGCCAGUCUGGCCAUUUGUUUGUUUGUCUGUUUGUUGUUUUUAAGUCUAAAAGAUAUUUCCAGCUUUUAUAUGAAUAUCUCCUCUCAGGGAGUACUGAAAUGUUAUAAAAUAAUCCUUAGCUUGUGGCGUGACCUGGAAUGGUGGCUGGGACAAGGGUUACGUCUGCUUUUUCCUCAGCGGGGAUACUUUCAGCUGAACCGUUUUCAGUGGACUCAAGAGGACGGGAGACGGUAGACAUAGUAAAAGAAAAACCUUAAAGAAUCGUCACUGUCAGACAGAGUGGCGCAGUCAUUACCAGCACUUGGUGCCAGCACCCACAUGGUGGUCCACAGCUCUCUGUAACUCCAGUGCCAAGGGAUCCAACACACUCUUCUAACCUCUGUGGACACCAGACACAGGUGGUGCACAUAACUCCACACAGGCAACACAUAUAUAUAACCUAAAAGCAGUAAAAAAUACUCAGUGCCCUCUUCAGUUGCUUGUAGUAAAUAGCACAAGCACAGCCAACCUCUUUGAGAUGUUUUUAGAAAGAUGGUUGAGCUGUCUUUUCAAAAAUGUUUUUGGUUUUUUGGAAUAAAGAAGAAAAAUAGAGUGUGCAAUAUGUCAAAUGUGGGGCCAGUUAUCCAUUUAUUAAGUAUAAUUUCAAGUGUCUUAAAGUAAUAAUCGCCUUACUGCAUUUUAAUAUUCAAUGGAGGUAGACCAAGGUGACUGGUUUUACAGUAGUCAUCUUUUUCUACAUUGCUAAAGCAGCCCUUCUUUCUUCUAAAGCUUGCUAACUUGUUCUAAUGUUUCUUACUUUUUUAAUUCAUUGAAGAUAAAAUUAAAAAACAAAACAAAACCCUGAGUUAUAUAGAUUUAAGACAGCUGUCUAAAAGCUGUUGUUAAUAAGGAUCAAAACUGGGCAUGGUGGCACGUGACCUGUCACCCAAUACUUGGGAACCUGAGGUACAUGCAAGGCCAAUGUGGCCUUUGCUGAGAUCUUGUCUCAAAAAGCAAAAUAAAAACAAACAAAAAAAACCCCAAAACCCCCCAAAAACAAAAAACGCCUCUAAAAGUGUGUGUUAAAUCAAAUAUGUAGUACUUAGAGAAUCAUGAGAUAAUGUGUAAUUGUAUAUUGGCCCGGGCAAUCUACAGUUGAUUACAUACCAGUGUCCGGUUUACUUUUGAAAACUUGUCACCUCAUCCUGGCUAACAAGUAUCUCCUGGGAUUUCCUUAAACUUUUCUAUAAAUUUACGUUUCAAACAGUCAGGAGCUUUGUAGGGAGUGUCUCUCAAUAAUACUGUGAACACCAGAUAUUUUACUAUCAAACUUGAGCACUGAUUGCGACCUUUGACCUGUGGAGAUUACAUAUGCAGUCAGACUAUUAGAGCGUCUUCACACAGCAGACCGUGACCGCUUCUUCUAAAAGUUGAUUAAGAGAUCGCAACAGCCUAUAUGCCAUUUGAAAAGUAAACUGUCUCACUGUGGUAGUUCAGUAGGGAUACUUCUAUUUGAACUGUUACAAGUGGGUUUUUUUAAUAAUUAAAAAACCUAUAAUAGCUAUUUUCAGCUUUUGUAUAAAAUCUCUUCAGGGAAUACUGAAAUGUUAUAAAACAAUCCACAGCGUGUGGUCUUGUUCUGGACCGUGCCUAUUCGGAAUUGAGCAGAGCAUGCCUUUGUUACAUGAGCUCCCACCGAUACGUGAGAGCUGGGAGGGAGGGAUUCUGUGAGCUCUGGAGCAGGGCAGAGAGAUGGAAAUGAGAACCCGGAACAGUGCAAGGGUUCCCUUCUGCCAAGCAGUUUGCUUGGGUCUGUUGCUGUGCUGAGCGCAGUUGUCUGAAGCUGCAGGAAGACGUCAUGAUGAACCAUGCUGUGUAGACAUUACUGCCUCGAAACUGCUUUUACCUUAAAACGAUUUUGGUUUGCUAUAAUGUGAAUAUCUUUUAAGUCACUUGUGUAUCUUGAGAACUCGUAACGGGGAGUGUAGAAGUGUAGACUUGGGGUCUAGCUUACCAGUAUUGGAAGAUGCCUUGUUCCGUUCUGGAGGUUCAGCUCAGGUGUUUCGUGAGAAACUGUAUUGCUGUUACUAAAUAUGUACUCAAUAAAUGUUGGAUUUCCUCAUGUGUCUAA